AUGUCCAUUAUAACAAGGAACAGAUAUGCAGAUAAAAGAAAUUAUCAGUCAAAAGUUAGAGCAUUUUGUAUUGCACUAAUAAAUAGACAUUGUGAUGUUGAAGUGAAACAACGAAGAAAUGUUAAAUGUAUCACAUUACCAUUUUUUCAAAUUAAAAGACUUCACUUUAAUAAUAAGGAAGAUUAUGUUAUCGAUUUACAAGAAAUAAUUAAACAAAGAGUAUAUGGAUUAGAAGAGACAGAUAUUAAAAAUAAUAUAAAUAUACAAAGAGUGAUGUAUCGAAAGAAGAAGAAUGGAUAUAGAGAAUCAAUUAAUAUUGUUAAUGAUCUUUUAAGUGAAUUUGGGUAUUUUGUUUACUCAACACAAACACCAGGAAGAUAUCAUAGUGUUAAAAUGGAUAUUGUUAAAUCAAUAACAGUUAAUGGAAUAAUUUACGAUAAAAAAGCGAUAGAACGAAUUGGAGAAGAAAUAUGUAAAGAGAUAGAAGAGAAAAUAGGGAGAGAAAAGGUUAUUUUAGUAAAACAAAACGAUAACAAGCUUUCUAAACUAUUAAAAGAAAGAUAA